AUGCACCCACACAAGCAGCAGCCCGCUUCCGCCGCAACGUUACUCGUCGGUCCUGCAGCCACAGUACCUGAUGGUGUUGCUUUGCCAUCCGAAGCAUCAGUAGCCCCCGUAGCUCGUCGCUGUGCCAUCUGCCUCGACGAUCUCGAUGGCGCUAUGGCGGGUGGAAAUAACCAAACCUCCGAGACAUACACAUGUGGGUUCUGCAGCACAACAGUGUGUGAUGAUUGCAUGUUGCAGUACAUGCACAUGACGAUCGUAAACGAAGGCCGUCGUCGUCGUUGGACUGGUGCGAAGUUCACUUGUCCUGGCCCACAUUGCACUGCCACGUUAUCUCCAGACAACGUGCUUCAACACACGACGGCGGACGACUACCAACUGUUCGUGGAUCUCGUCCAGCCCCCAGCCACCAAGAACCACCAAUCGAGGAUUGAAUGUCCUCGAUGUCACAGCCAAGACAGUGUCGUGAGCCGUCGAAAGGUCUUCUGUAGCGACUGCAACUUGACGUUUUGCAAAACCUGUGGCGACGUGUAUCAUCACUUUGGCUGCCACAAGGACAAGUCGUUUCAAGCGUGGACGCAGCAUCACGACGUCCGAUCGUGCCCCCAAUGCCACGCCGCCAUUGAAAAGACAGGGGGAUGUACCCAUAUGACGUGCAUCUACUGCGAGUUUGACUUUUGCUGGCUCUGCCGCGUGGAAUGGCAGCAUCACACUGACGUCAUGUGCACCCCCCGGGCGUUCCUAACGUCUUCGUCGACGGCACUUGGACCGACAGCCCCGGUUCGCGCUGUGACCAAAGCGGUGGUGGUGGUCGCGGCGUUGGCCGUCGUGGCCGUCGGCGUGGGGGUUGCCGCCAUCCUCGUGGCCCCUCCAAUGCUCUUUGCAGACAGUGCCAAGACCUGGUGGCGUCGAAAAAAGCAAGGAAAGAGCCUGAAAACCUUGAAAGAACGACAUCUAAAACAGGACCAACCUCCCCCCUGA